CGCGCGCUCUCCUCGACCCAUUCAACCUCUGCCGAUUUUUCUCCCUGUUUCUUCACGAAGACCAUUAUCAUGGCUACAGAGUACGAUCACGAGAACGGUCGCUACGACGGUAUGUCAAAGCUAUCGCCUUCACAGCCCGGGCUGCUGAUCGUCCGGGUAACUACGAAAUCACACGGCUAAUCCGCGAUGCUGGUUUUUCUUCUUCGCAACUGAAUAGACGAACCUCGCUUCACCCGCGACCGCAGCGCAUCUCCUCGCGAUGAGCCGCGCGGCGACCGCACCCGCAGCCGUUCUCCCAACGGACGCGUCGAUGACCGGUGCGUUCACCCCAGACAAGAGCUUCGAGGAAGCAGCUUGCAUCACCGUCACCCACGGGUGGCGAUAUUUCCCCCUUGGGCGACCAGCUGACCUCGAGACCAUCACAUGCUUAGCCCCCCCGUUGAUACCCGCAAGCCUCCUUUGGAUGACGAUGAAGAAGGCGCCCUCAACACUGGAUCUAACCUCUUCGUCACCGGCAUCCACCCCCGUCUGACCGAGUCGGACAUUUCGCGUCUCUUCGAGAAGUAUGGUGACGUCGAGAACUGCUCGAUCAUGGUCGACCCUCACACCAAGGAGUCUCGUGGCUUCGGCUUCGUCAAGAUGGUCACCGCCGAGCAGGCUGAUGCCGCCAAGGAGGGUCUCCAGGGUGAGGUCAUUGAGGGACGUACCCUGAGCAUCGAGAAGGCUCGUCGUAGCCGUCCCAGAACCCCUACCCCUGGCAAAUACUUCGGUCCCCCCAAGCGUGGUAUGCUUCGAGUUUCCUUACUUUACGUGUGAAGAACUGAACAUCUAAUACUGACUAUAGAAGACUUCCGUGGAGGUCCCCGUGGCCGUGGUGACCGCUAUGAUGACCGCCGUGGUGGUGGCUACGGUGGCAGCUGGCGUCGUGGCGGCGACGAUUACCGCUAUGGCCGCUAUGAUUCCU